AUGGACUAUAUCAUACCUGAGGAGUCCUUGGAGAUUCCACAACCCUCCACCGUCCUGGGCCAGGGCGCACAAGGAACAGUUCUAGCUGCUAACCUCAUCAACACUGAUGGCACCAGCACCAGAGUGGCAAUAAAAUCAAUUCCAGACAUAUUCCAACAGUUGGAAGUGAGCGCCUUGAAGGGCGAAGUAGCCACCCUAUCCAAGCUUCGACAUCCAAACAUUGUCAAGUUCUAUGGAGUCACUCUAGCCAAGAGUGGCUCUCCGUCCUAUUUGGUGAUGGAACGAUUGGAAUCUUCUUUGGACCGCAAAAUUCUGGAACUAGACUGGCCAAAACGGUUGCAGAUUGCUAUGGACAUUGUGAGCGGGGUAGCCUAUAUCCAUGCGAACAAAGUGUUGCACAGAGACCUUAAAAGUGCGAACAUACUGCUGGACGAGAAUCUACAAGCCAAAGUCUGCGACUUUGGUCUCGCUCGUAUGAGAGACAGUAUUUUAUCUGGAACGCACGGCUUUCUAGGCACUGUCGCUUACAUGGCUCCUGAACUGGUAACCAAUGGCUCUGCGGCAAAAGAAUCUUCUGACAUGUAUUCGUUGGGUGUUCUUUUCUCUGAAAUCGCCUCUUGUAUUGGUCCGUAUGGAGAAACGCCUCCUCUCGCAUACUCUAGAAUGCAGUAUUAUUGGACUACUGGUAAACGACCGGACAUGAGCUCAUGGCCGUGUCCACCAUUAUUUAAAGAUCUUGUGAAGUCACUGUGGAAGUCAGAACCUGCAGACAGAUGGACAGCAGUUCAAGUUGCAGACUAUCUCAAAGACCAUUUCUCGGAGCUGAACCAAUAUGUACCAACAGUGCCGGAUUCGAAAGCCAAAACACUAUACUUGGAAAUGGCUGCCACUAAAGAGCAACAACAUGGAUAUCUUGCCGAAGAAUGCAUACCAGCAGGAGAGCCCUGGGAAAGCGAAUUCUUGCUUGGGUUGCGUCGUUCACGAAUGGUGGUGAUCUUGAUUUCAGAAACUGCUGUGGAGCAGUUCAAAUUUGCGCACAAGAUCCCGGACAACUUUCUGUUAGAAUGGGAAACGGCACUAGAGUUGCGAGAGGCCCGACAAUCCUUUCUUUUGCCCGUCUUCAUUGGUGACAGUUUGUACGCAAGUCAUGUAAUCCGCCCCAAACCAAUUGAUGCAAGUAAAUUCCCAGAGGAAUACCCGUGCCAUCCACAAUCUCCUAAGAAAAGGACCAUUCGAGAUAUUAUUAAUGGCGUUCAAGCAUUAGAAGGACCGAACCUUGUCGUUGACAGCCAAUUGAAGUCUUUCGUACGGGACUUACAAGUAUCUUUAAAACCCCAAAUAAUACGGGAUUCAAACCGCUGCAGUGCUAUCGCAAAACGUAGUUUUACGGCAGGAGAGUACCCUGAAGCUGUUUAUUGGGCUCAGAAGGGAUAUCAAUUGACUGCAAACGCUGCUGCUCUAUACGUCUUGAGCCAAUGCUACAAACAAGGUUUGGGCGGGUUGCCUAAAGAUCCAGCCUUGACAAAGAAGUAUCUAGACCUUGCUGCAGAACAAGGGGAUUAUGAUGCGCUCGAAGAAAGAAGUAUAUUGCAGGGCUCCGCAAUUACAUCAAACGCACCCGUUUCUGGAACAUCUAGAAGCACUGCCGCCUCUGGCUCCCUGCCAGCUUCGGAAACGAGUACUUUUGUUGCUACAGUCCAAAGCUCUGAACAACAAUCAAAAGUGGAUAGUGACCCCAAACAAUAUGUUGAUCCUGGUGUAUCCUUUGAUCCCAACCGAAAGGUCACUCCACGAUGGCGUUUGAUUUGGAUUGUAGCUGUCACCGUGCUAGUCGUGGCCAUCGUGGGUGCAGUCUUGGGUACUCAGCUCAAUCACAGUGGGACAAGCAUGGCUCAAAGUACAUAUUCAACAUCACCAGCUGUUAGUAGCGCAACAUCAACGAAUACCAGUAAUGCCAAUGGUAGCACCAAUGGAGGGACGAGUGGUGGAGGAAGUAGCAGUGGAGGAAGCAGCGGAGGAGGAACUAGUAGUGGAGGAAGUAGCAGUGCAGGAAGCAGUAGUGGUGGUGGUAGUAGUGGUGGUGUUAGUGGUGGUGGUCCGUCUGCUGCUGUUAGCUCUCCUACACCAGGCCCCGGAGCUCUCGUCAACACUAUAGUCUUUGGUGCCCAGGGUAUCUUUGGUGUAGCAAUAUCCUCAAAUAAUCAAGUUUUUCUAGCUAAUUACAAUGGGACAAUCAAUCAAUACGACACUUCAGGCAACUUCGUUUAUUCGUGGAGAGACACUGGAAAUGGAAUUAGUCCAUACAGUGCAUCUGCCUAUGGAGGUUAUCUUUUUAUCGCCGAUUACAACAGUGUCAAGCAGUAUGAUGUAGCUAGCCGUGCAGUAGACCUAACUAUCUCUGGCGCAACGUACUACAUAGUGAUGGCAACUAGCAGUGGAAUCUUCGCAGGUGGGAAUAACGGGUAUGUAGCUCUAUACAACUAUAAUGGUGCAACCUUGCGACAAUAUACUGGAUUACAUGACCAGGUCGCCUCCAUCUUCGUCACUUCCUCCUACGUAUUUGUUGGUACAGGCAACAACGAUCCUUAUAUUCGCCAAUAUGAUAUCUCAACCGGUAACCUUGUCCAAACAUACACUGGGCACUCAUUGAUAGUCAGAGGUCUAUAUGUCGUAAAUGGCCUCGUGUAUUCAGGGUCAAGCGACGGCACAGUUAGAACCUGGGACACUGCAACUGGUAAGCAGAUUAACAUAGCAUCUGAACCCACCGGUGUGGUUGGUUUAUGUGGAUACGGCAAUAGAAUAUUUAGUGCCGGUGGUGAUGGAAGUGGCCGUCAAUACGACACAGCUGGCAACUUGGUUUACACAUAUAAGACAAAUCAAGGAGACUCUAUCAGGGGUUGUGGAGCAAACAAUAAUUAUGUCUGGUUUGCAUCUGGAGGUAGCGUUGGCACGUUUCAGUUCAACUUAUACGUGUGA